AUGCGAAAAAGUGCGUACACAGAAGAAGCAAAGUACUGGAAACAGAGGUACCAUAAAAAUUUUGACAGAAAAGGAACUAAUUUCAACAAGCUCACCACAGCAUAUCUAGAUGAUAUGAAAGAAAUCUUCAAUUCCAUUGAAAUCGUGGCAGUUCGGUGGAUUCCAGUACUUAUCAUUUUAGCAGCAAUCGCGUGGGGUUACUAUGCUUAUGUAAUAGAAUUGUGCAUUAGUAAGCUGUCUUUCAUUAUGAAGAACACUUUCUUAUCUCUUGAGACCCUGGAAAGUAAUGUUCAGCGGGUGCUCUAUUUAUCGUUUUUUCAUGUUCUGCUGUUGUUAUUUUGUGCUUCCUAUUAUCGGACCAUUUUCUCAAGAAUAAAACCACCGCCUUCUAUUUUCUAUCCUGAUAAAGACUGUCUGAAUGAUUUGGGUAGUUGCGAAAGAGAUGAGCAGUUGAAACAAGCAGUGCUUGCUCGCUAUGUGGCAAUACAUAGAAUACCAGUUAGAACACGGGACUUCAAUAAGGGAAUACGCUAUUGUCCUAAAUGUAAGUGUAUAAAGCCAGAUCGAGCGCACCACUGUUCCAUAUGUGGGCAAUGCAUACUAAAAUUCGACCAUCAUUGUCCAUGGGUUAACAAUUGUGUGAGCUUCUACAAUUACAAGUUUUUUCUCCUUUUUUUAGGAUAUGGCUUAAUCUUUUGUUUAUUUGUGUUCUUCACAAAUUUACCAUAUUUUAUACGGUUCUGGAUAAAAGAUUAUCAGGAGCAUAGUUUUAAGGUUAACAAUUUUCAUUUAUUGUUUUUGGUUUUUGUUUCGGGAAUGUUUGCAACUUCACUUUCAUUUUUGCUUUCUUAUCAUCUGUUUUUGACAGCGCGGAACAGAACAACAGUUGAAUCUUUUCGUGCUCCAAUACUCGAGGGAGGUCUUGACAAACGUGCUUUCGAUCAUGGAAUUCGUGCUAAUUAUAGAGAAGUGUUUGGCUACGAUCGACGAUUAUGGUUCUUACCAGUAUUCUCCAGGUUCGUUAAAUUUUUUUCAUUGCUUCUUGUCAACACUAUGUCACGUUUCACUGCUUAG